AUGAUCAAAGACGGGAUAGCGAAGAGCUACGAUAAAGCAUGUUGGCUAUUUGAUAGCAUGCAGUGUCACGGUGCAGUUACGGAUAAAUGCGGUUAUAGUUCUCUUAUACAGAUUUUAGCUAGCGCAGAUUUACCACACGUAGCGAAAUGCUACCUGAAGAAGAUGCAGGAAGCCGAACUUCAUGGUGAGAAAGGAUGUUGUGAUAAGGAAGGAUUGAAGCAAAGAAGCUGGACGGCGGAGGAAGAUAGAAAACUGAUGGCUUAUGUUAUCAGAUAUGGCUGCUGGAAUUGGCGUCAACUCCCCAAGUUUGCAGGUCUGGCGAGGUGUGGGAAGAGUUGCAGGCUUCGAUGGAUGAAUUAUUUAAGGCCAAACAUAAAGAGAGGAAAUUUCACCAAGGAAGAAAACAAUACUAUCAUCAGAUUACACGAGUCUUUAGGGAACAGGUGGUCCGCCAUUGCUGCCAAGUUACCAGGAAGAACAGACAAUGAAAUCAAGAAUCACUGGCAUACAAAUCUCAAGAAACACGUUAAACAUAAGCCAUCAACGGGAAAUUUAGAAGGUAAAGACAACACUCAGAAACUAGACGAUAAUAACAAUCAUCCUCUGACAAAUCCCCCCUUAAUCCUGGAAAGCUCACAAGUUUUAUCGUCACCGUCAUCUUCCCGGCAACCAGCCUCAAGCGACAAUCAAAGCUCUUCCAUUACCACCGAUGGCAUGGUUUUAUCGAACAAAGUCGACUCAGUUUCAGAUUUCUGGUCUGAACCAUUUCUGUCGGACUCGGACAUGUCGAUGAUGGAUUUUGGUGCAGGCUUUGAGUCUACUCUUCUUGACGAAGAAAUCUUCUCCCCCUUUGCUUGUUUCUACGAUCACCUUGACGACUUCAACUUCUUCUAA